CGGUAUCAGACGCUAGUCAAGUUGAACGACGGUUAUUUUUGUUUGUGUCGAAAAUAGGUGGAUUUUUCUGCUGUGCUUGAACGCAUUCGUUCUCUUUUUACCUACACGGGUAUGUCAGUAUGCUUAUGUUUAGAAUUAUUGGUGACACCUUUGCCAAUUUUCAUUUUUUUUUUAACUGAAAUGGAAUCGCACAAGCGAUUUGCAAAAUGUGCCUAGCUUAAAUCCAACAAGACGGAUCCCUCCCACCCAAAAUCAAUGUUAUACAAACCGGUAUACCUCAAACCGAAGCCCAGGGAGUUAAGAGUGGAACCUCCAGAAGGAAGACCGCCCCCAGUGCCGCCUCCAGCGUACUGGGGAGUUCCUACCCUCAAGCCGCCACCGCCGUCCCCUGAACCUGGAGUGGAAAAAUAUGAAAGGGCUGAGUCGGAGAGUGAGUUCGAAGAUGUGGAACGAUUGCCGAUACUGAUAGCAAGUUACAAAAUCGUGAUCCCAGCCGAAGCCACAAGAGAUGUUCUUGCUGGUAGAGUAUCCUACCUAUUGGUAGACAAUAAAGGAAUGACCGUUUUUAAGCCGGUGCAUGUUUUUGCCGCUCUCAAAUUGAAAAAAAAAACCAUCCACCAUUUAGAAAACUAUGCAUCUGUGGGAGCUCAUGAGAGAAUUCUGGAUAGCAAGCCAAUAGAAAGAGUAGGAUUGGGGUACAGAAGAAAAUAUAUCAGUCCAGAGUUGGUCGGAAGGGGAAUAUAUCAUCCGAUAGAACCAAUAUUCCGCUUGGAGGACUACGGGGCGGAAGCUGUUAAAAAACAACUUGCAAUGAGAAGACUAUUGCAGACCAAAACGUUGUACAAACCAAAGCCCUUUGAUCCAGAAAUACUGGGAAGAAACAUUUUUGUUAAAUUGUUGGAACUGAGGAGCCAGAAAAUUUUGCACCAUAUCACGGUAGCAUGGACCUCCAAAGAAAUGAGACGCGGAAAGUCUAGAGUCAAUCUACUUGAUGCCAUUUUUCAAAUGCUGGUUUGGAUAGGAUAUAAAAAUAAUGAUGUAAAGUGUAAGAGGUUUUUAAAGGCCUUUGACAACCGCACAACUUUGGAAGAUAUAAAACUAUAUUUUGUGUCAAACUAAUAUAGUGUAGUAUAUUUUCAAUGAAAUUGUCUGCGGUACUAAACUC